AUGUCUAACCCGGAUUACACCAUUUACAUUAAAACUGCAGAUUAUAAAGGCGCUAGCACUGAUGUCAGUAUCUAUAUAACAUUCAUCGAUGUCAACGGUAAAAAAUCACGCAAUAUUACCCUUACUGAUGAUAUAUUUGGAGGUAAAUUCGAAAAAGGCCAAACGAAUAAGUUCCCUGUUAGCGAUAUAUCUGGCUUAGCUGAUCUUAAAUUUAUUGAAAUCAGUCGUGGCAUUUGGGGAUUUGGUGGUAACUGGUUUUGUGAAUGUGUUUGGGUCGUCAAUGAACAGGUCGGAGGUACGCCCGCACCAGUCUACUUCCCAAUCAAUCGUUGGUUAAGACAGUAUGUUACCUUAAAAAUUCAAAAGUGGGAUUGCUCCUUACCCCAAAAUGAUGCAUCACCUCAGCAACGUGCAAAAGAAAUCCAGGAAAAGCAGACACACUACGUACUUGAUAGGAAAUUUCCUGGUGUUCCUGCACAGGUUAAAGAUUUACCUCAACAAGAAAUGUUCACCGACCACUACCAAAAUGAUGUUCUAAUACUAUCAGGAGCCAGUUUAGGCAUUGUGGGCAACCUAGCAAAGGUUUUCAGCGGCGAUUGGAAGUCAGUGGAUGAUAUCAGCAACCUCUAUCAGACAGGGUGUGGCUUUGACGUUCCUCAGGGCAGAUAUAGAUGGGAUGAGGACAGCUAUUUCGCCAAACAGCGCACCCAAGGCUGUAAUCCGGUUAUAAUGCAAUUAUGUACCAAAAUUCCGUCAGCUCUCGAUGUUACGAACGACAUGCUUAAGCCAUUCUUGGAAGGCUACACUUUAGAUGACGCUGUCAGCAAGAAUAAAAUUUUCCUUUGCGAUUUAUCAAUGCUACAUAGUGUACCGCUUGCGGGUGUUCCGCUUGACAAAGAGCUGGUACAUCCUUAUGCACUCUUCUACUUAAAUAAAGAAGAUGAAUUAACACCCGUUGCGAUACAAUUGUUUGCAACUACCGACAAGAGAUAUCCCCAUACGGUUUUCCUGCCGACCGAUGGAAAUGUCUGGAAGUUAGCCAAAAUGUUUUACAAUAAUGCUGAUGCUAUGGUUCAUCAAUCUAGCACGCAUUUAGGCUUCACCCACUUGAUCAUUGAAUCCAUUGCAGUGGCUGUUAAUCGCACACUAAGCAUGUCUCAUCCCUUGCAUCGUCUGAUCGCACCUCAUUUCCUUUACCUUAUGGCUAUCAACAGUUUAGCGAUUACAUCCCUAUUAGCACCUGAUGGCUGGAUAGACACAACUAUGACAGCUGGCCGUGAUGGGGUAUUAGAUAUUAUCGCUCACCAAUUCAAAGUGUGGCGAUUAAAUGUAGAAGGUACCCUGCCGGAAGAAAUAAAAGCCCGUAAGCUGGAUGAUCCCAAAAUACUGCCAGAUUAUCCUUAUCGAGAUGAUGGAUUACUUGUUUGGAACUGCAUCAAGAAUUAUGUUGCCGGGGUUGUUAAUGGCCAUUAUAAAAAUAAGAAUGAUAUAGCCAAUGAUUUCGAAUUGCAAAAUUUUGCUGAAAUACUUGUAGCACCUUAUCCUGAGGGUUGUGAAAUUAAAGGAGUACCCGGCAACGGCAAAUUUGAAACACAGGAAGAAAUUAUUAGUGCAUUCACAUCAUUCAUAUUUACUUCUAGUGCUAUCCAUGCAGCAGUUAACUUUGGCCAAUACGAUGAAUAUGGUUUCCCCCCUAAUUAUCCAGCAUUUAUGAACGGGAAAGCACCACGAGAUAAAUCACCCAUCACUGAAGCUGAUCUCCUUAAGCAGUUACCUAACAAACCCAUGAUUCAGCGUGCGACGGAAUCAUUGGGCGAUUUUGAGGUCAAUUACACCUAUGAUCCAGUGGGGGUAGCAGCAUUAAAACAAUUUAAUAUUGAACUCAAGGAAGCUUCGGCAAUAAUUGAUGAGAGAAAUAAGCACAGACGUAUAGCUUACAAUCAUUUGAACCCGAAAAAUAUUCCCAACGCCAUAAGUAUUUAA